AUGAGCAUCCAGGCCCCACCCACACUCCUGGAGCUGGCAGGGCGUAGCCUGCUGAUGGACAACCAGCAGGCCAUCCUGGCUCUGGAGGACCUGCCCAUAGAGCUCUUCCCACCGCUCUUCAUGGAGGCCUUCACCAGGGGACACACUGAAGUCCUGAAGGAAAUGGUGCAGGCCUGGCCCUUCACCUGCCUCCCCCUGGGGGCCCUGAUGAAGGAGCCACACCUGGGAAUGCUCCAAGUCGCACUGGAAGGGCUGGAUAUGCUGCUUGCCCAGAGGGAUCGCCCCAGGAGGUGGAGGCUGCAGGUGCUGGAUCUGCGGAAUGCUCAUCAGAACUUCUGGAGGAUGUGGACAGGAAAUAUGGCUGAUGCCUGCUCAUCAGAGGCCAAGAACAAAAAUCAAACAUUGAAACUUCCAACAAUGGUAGCCAAGGAGCCCCUGAAGGUAUUCAUAGAUGUGUGCCUGACAGAAGGUCCUCUUGAUGAGUUCCAAACCCACCUCUAUUUGUGGGUAAAACAGAGAAGAGAUGUGUUGCACCUGUGUUGCAAGAAGCUGACAUUUUUUGCAAAACCCAACUGCCAUACCCGGAAGUUUCUGAAAAUAUUGGAUCUGAAUGCUGUCCAGAAAGUGGAGGUGCACUGCUCCUGGAAACUCUCCACCUUGGCUGUUGUUGCUCCAUUCUUGGGUCACAUGAGGAACCUGAGGACCCUCCUUCUCUCCCACAUUCGAGGAUCUGCCUCUACUUCCUCAGAGAAGAAGGAGCGGUUGAUCGCCCAGUUCACCUCCCAGUGUCUCAGGAUGGACUGCCUGCAGAAGUUUUAUGCAAAUGCUGUCUUCUUCCUGGAGGGCCACCUGGACCAGGUGCUGAGGCACCUGAAGAAUCCCCUGAAGACCCUAUCAAUCACCAACUGCCAGCUUUCAGAUUCAGACUGGCACUAUCUCUCCCAGUACCCCAACACCAGCCAGCUCAAACUCCUGGAUCUGAGGGGUGUGGAGUUGACCACCUUUAGUCCCGAGCCCCUCAGAAUUCUGCUGGAGAAGGUGGCAGCCACCCUAAAGACCCUGGACUUGGAAGACUGUGAGAUCACGGACUCCCAGCUCCAGGCCCUCUUACCUGCCCUGAGCUGCUGCUCUCAGCUCAAGACCUUCAGCUUCUUUGGGAACCACAUCUCCAUGCCGGUCAUGAGGGAACUGCUGUGCCGCACUGCCCGGCUGAGCCUGCUGGGCCUGGAGCUGUACCCUGCCCCUCUGGAGAGUUAUGACGCCCACGGAGCCAUCCACCUGGGGAGGUUUUCCCAGCUCUGCGCAGAGCUGACCGCCAUCGUGAGGGAUGUGAGGGAGUCGAAGCUGCUGGUCUUCAGUACCACUCCCUGCCCUCAGUGUGGCCACCAGCUCCUGUACAACCUGGGCCUGGGUCGCUGCUCCUGCCCAGCCCCUGCCUAG